AUGAUCCCCUCCUCAGACAAAGAGCUCAACGGGCUAGAUAACCCCAGCUUCGUGGGUGAAGAUGGGAGCCGCUCCUGCUCCUCGACGGAUUGCGCUGCCCGGGACCCACGGAAAGGCAGAGGCACCGGCCACGGCGGCAGCAAGCUUGCCUACACCAUCACCGAUGUGCCCCCCUGGUACCUGUGCAUCCUUUUGGGCAUUCAGCAUUUCCUGACAGCCAUGGGAGGUCUCAUAGCCGUCCCGCUGAUCCUCUCCAAAGAGCUUUGCCUCCAGCACGACCUCCUCACCCAGAGCCACCUGAUCAGCACCAUCUUCUUUGUCUCAGGGAUUUGCACCCUCCUGCAAGUCUUCUUCGGAGUCAGGUUGCCUAUUAUUCAAGGAGGGACUUUUGCAUUCCUGACCCCCACCCUGGCCAUGCUGUCUCUCCCCAAGUGGAAGUGUCCUGCCUGGACACAGAACGCCACCCUGGUGAAUGCCUCUUCACCAGAGUUCAUCGAAGUCUGGCAGACGCGGAUGCGAGAGGUGCAAGGAGCUAUCAUUGUAGCUUCCUGCUUUCAAAUCUUGGUUGGAUUUUCUGGCCUGAUCGGAUUUCUGAUGAGGUUCAUCGGCCCCCUGACAAUUGCCCCCACCAUCACCUUGGUUGCGCUACCUCUCUUUGACUCGGCUGGGGACGAGGCUGGGCAGCACUGGGGCAUAGCAUUCAUGACUAUUUCUUUUAUAGUUCUGUUCUCUCAGUACCUGAAGGAUGUCUCUGUGCCGCUGCCGUCUUACCAGAGAGGCAAGAAGUGCCACCUCUCUCCGGUCUACCUCUUCCAGAUCUUCCCGGUGCUGCUGGGGCUCUCCCUGAGCUGGCUGCUCUGCUACGUGCUGACGGUGACCGACGUCCUCCCCGCAGACCCCUCCAUCUACGGCCACCUGGCCCGGACGGACACCCGUGGGGACGUUUUGUCCCAGGCUCCCUGGUUUCGGCUGCCUUACCCAGGCCAGUGGGGAGUGCCGACCGUCAGCCUGGCUGGGAUAUUCGGCAUCUUAGCCGGGGUGAUUUCUUCCAUGCUGGAGUCCGUGGGAGAUUACUACGCCUGCGCCCGCCUCUCCGGGGCCCCGCUGCCGCCGAAACACGCCAUCAGCCGCGGGAUCGGGGUGGAAGGCAUCGGCUGCCUCCUGGCCGGGGCUUGGGGGACGGGGAACGGCACCACGUCGUACAGCGAGAACGUGGGGGCCCUGGGCAUCACCAAGGUAGGGAGUCGAACGGUGAUCGUUGCCGGUGCCUGCGCCAUGCUCCUGGGCGGCAUCUUCGGGAAAGUCGGGGCGAUGCUUGCCAGCAUACCCGCCCCCGUGAUCGGAGGCAUGUUCCUCGUGAUGUUCGGAGUUAUCACGGCAGUGGGGAUUUCCAAUUUGCAGUACACAGAUAUGAACUCCUCCAGAAAUAUCUUUAUCUUUGGAUUUUCUGUAUUUGCUGGCCUCACGGUUCCCAACUGGGCAAGCAAAAAUAGUACACUGCUGGAAACAGGAAUAAUCCAGCUGGACCAGGUGAUCCAGGUGCUUCUCACCACUGGCAUGUUUGUGGGCGGACUCCUGGGGUUUAUCCUUGAUAACACCAUUCCAGGAACACAGGAGGAGCGGGGGCUCCUGGCAUGGAAGCAUAGCCACAGGGGAGAGGCGGACAACUCUCAGCUCGUUUCCAAAGUCUAUGAUCUUCCGUUUGGCAUAGGUACCAAACACGGCGCUGUCUCUUGGUUUCGGUAUCUCCCCGCUUGCCCCAAAAGACAACCUGGUGGCAAGAGAAUGGAUGAACUGAAGGAUGCUGGACAGGAAAGCAGUGUUAAGGCAAGCUCAGAAAGAGACUCUGAGAUAGGUGCUGAUACAAGGAUAUAA